CUGAAGCAUCUAAUCAUGGUGAUAGUAUUUUUGAUUUAGAUGAUACUACUUUAGACACUUCUGUAAAAGGUAAAUUAGAUCAAAUAAACCAAAUAUUAGUUAAUACAACAAUAGGUGAAACAGGUCAAGCAACGGGUCUUACAAUUACAGCUGAUGCUGCAAUCUUAUUAAAGUCAUUAACUAAAGGCUUAGUUAUAACAAAAGAUGGUAAAAUCUUAGGCAACAAAGGUUUAAAUAUAGCAAAAUUCGCAAUAAUAAACGGUAAUAUUGAAAAUGAUGGUGUAAUUGAUGGUGGGGUUAAGAUUGGAACUGCUAACAACGCAUUCCCAUUAAGAUCACCAACGGCUAAUGCAUCAGUUACUUCAUUUACCAACACAGGUACAGUUUCUGGCGGUUUUGCUAUUGCAGGGAAACAGCAAGUAAAAGGUACGCCAGCCAACUCCAACGGCGUAGAUACUUUUAAAUUAAUCAAUAAAUCAGGUGGUGUUAUUACAGGUGAUAUUGCCUUAAGUUCUACUAGUACCGAUAUAAAAUUCAACCUAGAAAAUGAUGCCGGUGGUAAGAUUAGUGGCGGUGCUAUAACCGUAACCAAAAUUGAUAAUAAAGGUGUGAUUUCUCCUUCAGCUUCUGGCAAAACAAUAACAGCUGAUGAAAUUAUCAAUAAUGGAAUAAUCGCAACAGGGAAGAAAGAAGAU